AUGAAACUCAAGCGCUUUCUUCUCAGAUAUUAUCCUCCAGGUAUCAUCUUGGAAUACGAGAAAGGAGGAUAUUUGAGGACCAAAUCCAUCGACCUUCUGGAUUUGACUCCGGAGACAAAUCCAGAUGAGUUGGUGGCACAAAUCAGGCAAUCGGAGCCUCUGGUCACAGAAUCCCGGGCUGAACAGGUCAAACAACUGGUCCUUCGACUUCAGCAGAAACAGGGCCAACAGAACCACCACAGGUUCUGUUUCUGCAAGGAGCUUAAAGCACACAUACUGCCACUGACAAAUGUUGCAUUUGACAAAUCUGGGUCAAGGUUUAUAACUGGGAGUUAUGACAGAACAUGCAGAGUUUGGGACACAGCCUCAGGCACUGAGCUGCACAUGCUAGAGGGCCACAGAAAUGUGGUUUAUGCAAUUGCAUUCAACAACCCCUAUGGAGACAAGAUUGCCACGGGCUCUUUUGAUAAGACCUGCAAACUGUGGUGUGCUGAGACUGGCAAAUGUUUUCAUACUUUCCGGGGACACAUGGCAGAAAUAGUGUGCCUGGCGUUCAACCCUCAGAGUACGCUGGUGGCCACAGGCAGCAUGGACACCACUGCCAAGCUGUGGGAUGUGGAGAAUGGGGAGGAGGUGGCCACUCUGGCUGGUCACACUGCAGAGGUCCUGUCCCUGUGCUUUAACACAGUGGGCAAUCAGCUUGUCACUGGCUCUUUCGACCACACAGUUGCUGUAUGGGAUGUUGCUUCAGGAAGACGUGUUCACACUCUGAUUGGUCACACAGGAGAAAUAAGCAAUGUUCAAUUUAACUGGGAUUGCUCCCUCAUUGUCACAGGUUCCAUGGACAAAACUUGCAAGUUGUGGGAGGCUGGCAAUGGGAAGUGUGUGGCCACCCUAGUUGGACACAAAGAAGAGGUGUUGGAUGUCUGUUUUGAUUUAAGUGGUCAGCUCAUUGCUGCUGCCUCUGCUGACGGUACAGCGCGUGUGUUCAGUACAACCACACAUCAGUGUCUCGUGACCUUAGAGGGACACGACGGAGAGAUCUCCAAG